CGUGAGACAUCUGGUCACAUGACGAAUAGUUGGUUUAUAAUAGUAAUGAUGCUAUAAACGGAUGUUAAGAUAAACCAGUAUUAAACAGUGUUUCAGUGUGAUUUAAAAUCUUCCUAACAAAAAAUUGAGGAUUAAAAGCAUAUAUCAAAAUCAACUCUGGAAAAUAAAAUCAUUCUGCUUGGACGUAUUUCGUUUUUGUUAGGAAUUAUUAAAGGACUAUGAGUUACACGAAUCCAUCAGCUCCUUAUCCACAGCAGCCCCCUCCUUACGGAGCAGCGGGGCAAUACAAUAACGGACCAUACCCGCCCGCUGGGGCUUAUCAACCACCCGCCGGGGCUUAUCAACCACCCGCCGGGGCGUAUCCACAGCCAGGGCCGUAUCAGCAACAACCACAACACACUACAGUAUAUGUAUAUGACAACAAUGACAGAUACAACCAACAGAGACGGGACGAGGAAUUAGCAGAAGACUGUUGUUUACUGGCAUGUUGUUGGGCAAUGCUGUGUUGUUGUCUAGCCAGUCAGUCAUAAUCAUGAAACAAAUAAAAAAAAUGGAAGAGUGAAAAUGUUUGGGGAAAAGCUAUGUGCAGACAAUGCUGUGCUGUUCUAGUAAUAUCCAACAACAAAUUAAUUGUAAAUUAUGAAAAGUAUGUUUAUGUUUAUCUGUUCAAAACAUUGGAAACGUCUGUCCUUCAUCUUGAAAAAUAUGAAAAUGAGUGGUUUGCUUGUGGUAAAAGAAGUGUCAAGCAGUACUGUAUGUCUUUUUACGAAACGGACAAUAUUGCCCAGUUUUCUAACCGAACGACGAAAGAGUGAUGUUGUGUUUAUCUAUAUGAAGAUUUCGAGUAAAGCAGUUGUGUAUUUUAUGUGAAAUGGACAUUGACUUGCGUGUAAAUGUACUCUUAUUUUUGUUAGAAUAUCAUUCAAUAUGUGUUACAAAUAAGUAAAAUAUUGUCUAAGUGAGCGUGUUGCAUUACAGAAGUAACAUACCUGUUGCCGAAAUGGCCAACAUUAAAGUGACCUGCCAUCAGGUUGAAAUUUCUGAAUAUUCAUAAGAUACAUUCUUAUCACGAACGUGCUGACUUUAUCGUGAACGCAGAUUGUAUUCAUGUAUAUUGUAUGUUAUCAUUAUUCAUUUUGUAGCACAUCGUCAUUAUCUCGUCAUGUGUGUUUUAAGGAGAGAACGAAUAUUUUGUAAAAGCCGGAUAUGGUGCAAUAAAAUUGAAUCUUCUUUCCUAAGA